AUUUAUAAUGGUGAUUUUAUUGAUCAAACUAGAAUAAUAACAAUAUUAGCUAAUAUUUUUGGGUUUAUAGUAUUAAAACAUUUAAAUAUGUUUAUUAAAUAUAAUUUUUGUUUCAAUAGUUUUGGCAUUUUAUCUAAACUAAUACAAAUAGUUUACAUUUUAGUGAUAGUAUUUCAUGUUAUACAAUGUCAACUAAAUAAGGAAACUUCAAUUGAAACCAUCGGAAGCCCUGAACCGAACCCAAUAUCAGUAUCAAACGUUUCGCCCCCACCUCCACCCCCAUUCACAGUCACUUUACAACAACAACAACUACUACAACAACAACAACAACAGCAACAACAACAACAACCCACCAAACAGUCUAUUCAAUCGACUGAAUCGCCGGUUAAAAAAUCGGACGACACUUUGAAAACUUUGUCCCGGUCUAAGGCCAGUGUAUGGGUCGACACCAAUAAGGGAAACAUUUUUAGUACGAGCAUUGGUAGCAGUCAUCUGGAAAACAAUAGAAAUGCUGCCGACGGUAAUGGUAGUGGUGGUCAACCAGUUGGCCGAUCGUCAAACAUGUUGCUCACAUUAAUGCUGCAACCGGGCGGCCAACAGCCGGUUCGGGAAGUAUCGGCCAACGAUUUAGGCAAUGAUGGCAAUUUGAAACAAAUUUUGUUGCUUCUCCAACAACAACAAGAUAUGAGUGAACUGUUACUCGAAAAACAGGAAAAAGUCGAAAAACUGAACGUCCAUUUGCAGCAACAGGUUAAACACCAGCACCUGUUGAUUGUCGAACUACUCGAGCAAAUCAAGAUGUUUCUCGAGCUCAUCAAUUCGCCCAACUAUUCGGGAACCGGCGGAGCACCGGGAGCCGUAAAAUCCAUGUCAUCGGAAGACAAACUAAGGGCCAAAUAUGGACCGACCGGAUCAAAUGAUCCGUCGACUAGUGCUUCGUCGUCGGCCAACGCCGUCAUAACAGCACCAAAACCUAAAGGUCCGGAUGAACAACAACAACAACAACAAAGACCUAACUUACCCAUUGAUAGCAUCUCACCCACCCCUACCCCUACCACUACUACCACCACUACUACUACUACCCGAACUAAUAGCAAUAAUCUUAAGCUUAGAACCCGAUUAGCACCCAUACUAGCCAUCAGUGAUGCAGAAACUAAAGGAUUAUAUAAGCAAAAUAAAUUUGUUUAA